AUGGCGAAAGAUGAGGAGAGGGAGGGAAGGACGGCUCGCAGAAGCAAGAGUAGGAGUCGCAGCCGAAGCAGGGACCGAGACCGAGGUAGGGACGGUGACAAGGUGAAGGAAAAAGAUCGAGGUCGGGAUAAAAAGCGCGACCGCGACAGGGAUAAGGCGAGCGACAAGGAUAAGGCGAGCGACAAGGAUAAGGCGAGCGAUAAGGAUAAGAAAGGGAAUGCAGCAGCGGAGGAGGGAAAGGUGGCUGGACAAGUUAACGGGGCGAAAGAAAGCGAGAAACAGAACGGCGAUUCUGCUGCUGGUGGUGCUUCUGCUCCAAAGAAGCAGGAGCCCUUGUCGUUGGAGGAGCUGCUGAAGAAACGGAAAGAGGACGCCUUGCAACAGGCCAAGCCUGUGUUUCUCACCAAGGAGCAGCGGCAGGCUCUAGCGCUGCAGAGGCGCAAGGCAGAGGCUACGGCUCAGAUGAGAAAAAUUGAGAACCAACGGCGGGCGCUCAGAGGACUCCCUCCCCUGCCUGAUGAGAAUGCAGAGGACGGUGCUGCAGAGGGCAAGGAUGGGGUGAAGGCUGUGGAUGCGACUUUGAGCCGACUCUUAACUUUUCUCGUUCUCCCUUUUUCCUCUUUUGAUAUUCCGGCAGAUGAGAAUGCAGAGGACGGUGCUGCAGAGGGCAAGGAGAGGGGAAAGCGCGUGCUUCAUACCAACGCACCCCUCCUGGCCCAAACUUUCCAUCCGUUUCCUCUCCCGCCCAUACUCCCUUCUUCCCCCCUUUUCCCCCUUUCCCCUCCCCUUUUUCCCCUUCCUCCCCUUUUUUCCCACCCCCUUUCCCCUUUGCCUUCCUCCAUUCCCUCCUGCCGCCUCCACGGGCAGUACCUGGGGCUGCGCAAGCCCAAGAAGCGAGUGAUCAAGCCGAGUGAGAAGUUCCGAUUCUCCUUCGACUGGGAGAACACAGAGGACACCUCACGCGACCUCAACCCCCUCUACAGAAACCCCCACGAGGUGAUUCUUUUCGAACUCACAUUCAGCCCCAUCAUCGGCUGUGCUUCCCACAGCAUCCUCUGGCCUCUGGCCUACUUCCCUGUCGUAUCGUUGCUCCUCGUUGCUCUUCCCACUCCAUAUCCAUCGCUGAACGAGAUGACAGAGCGUGACUGGCGCAUUUUCCGGGAGGAUUUCAACAUUGCGUACAAGGGCUCCAAGGUGCCUCGUCCCAUGCGCAACUGGGAGGAGAGCGGGCUGUCAGCAGAGCUGCUACGUGCCGUGAAGGAGAUCGGCUACACGAAGCCGUCGCCCAUCCAGAUGGCUGCCAUGCCCAUCGGAUUGCAGCAGAGGGAUGUUAUCGGCAUUGCUGAGACUGGUUCCGGCAAGACGUGUGCCUUCGUGCUGCCCAUGCUGACGUACAUCUCCAAGCUGCCGCCCAUGACCGAGGCCAACGAGGCUGAGGGGCCGUACGCGGUAGUCAUGGCGCCCACCAGAGAGCUGGCACAGCAGAUCGAGGAGGAAACAGUCAAGUUCGCGCAGUUCAUGAAUCUCCGGGUGGUGUCGAUCGUGGGAGGGCAGUCCAUCGAGGAGCAAGGCUUCAAGCUGAGACAGGGCUGUGAGAUUGUGAUUGCCACGCCAGGGCGGCUGCUGGACUGCUUGGAGCGGCGCUAUGCCGUGCUGAACCAGUGCAACUACGUGGUGCUGGAUGAGGCUGACCGCAUGAUUGACAUGGGCUUCGAACCGCAGGUGACAGGAGUGCUAGAGGCCAUGAACACAACGUUCCUCAAGCCGGAGAGCGAGGACGCAGAGCUGGACGCCUCCCGCAUCUACCGCGUGACCUACAUGUUCUCCGCCACCAUGCCUCCCAGCGUUGAACGCCUGGCCCGCAAGUACCUCCGCAACCCCGUUGUGGUUACUAUUGGCACGGCAGGCAAGGCAACGGAUCUGAUCACACAGAACGUGUUCAUGGUGAAGGACUCGGAGAAGAUCUCCCGCCUGCAGCGCCUUUUGGAAGGGAUUGGGGAGGACCGCACGGCCAUUGUGUUUGUCAACACCAAGAAGACGGCCGAUGGUGUUGCCAAACAGAUCGACAGGAUGGGGUUCAAUGUGACGACGCUGCAUGGAGGCAAGACGCAGGAGCAGCGGGAGGUCAGCCUGGAGGGCUUCAGAACGAAGAAGUUCAACGUGCUGGUGGCCACGGAUGUGGCCGGCCGUGGUAUUGACAUCCCGGACGUGGCACAUGUCAUCAACUUCGACAUGCCAGGCAACAUUGAGAUGUACACUCACCGCAUUGGGCGAACGGGGCGUGCAGGCAAGACAGGCGUGGCCACCACCUUCCUCACGCUGCACGACUCGGAGCUCUUCUACGACCUCAAGCAGAUGCUUACUCAGAGUGGUUGUGCCGUACCUCCCGAACUCGCCCGGCACGAAGCUGCCAAAUUCAAACCAG